ACAGGAAACGGAGUAGCCGGGCUCUCCUGUGGCACUGGAGUGUUUCAACUCACAGGGCUGGUGAGUGGGGUCUCUGGGUCUAACAUGAUGAAGGUCAGACCAUCAACUUUUUAGAGGCUGAAAGUUUUUGUAGGCUGAGAGAGAAGUCUGGGCAAGGCGAGCGCAGGCGGGACUGGGCAGGAAAGCCACGUCCGCUUUCAGGCUUUCGGUUUCUUUUCCUCCAUCUUGCCUCAACUUUUAAGGCAUCGGAGGCGUGAAGUCUUGACGGGUGGCAGCCAGAGGAGAGCCUCGGCGCGGGCAGGACGAGAAAAAAACUACAGAGUGGCUGGGGAGACCCAGCAAAAUUACCAGCAAAGAACUCCUCCAUUGGAAAGGAUUCUGAAAGAAAUGAAGAAAACCAUCAGAAAUGCAAUCCGUAGCUUCAUGGCCUUCUGUUGACUGGACUAGACUUUUCUUACUGCCGAUCCUUGGAAUGACACUGUACAGGAUGUCUGCUGAGGUCAUCCAUCAGGUGGAAGAAGCACUUGAUGAAGAUGAGAAGGAGAUGCUUCUUUUUCUGUGCCGAGACGCUGCUGCAGAUGUGGUUCCACUUAAUGUCAGGGACCUUCUGGAUAUUUUAAGAGAGAGAGGAAAGCUGUCUCCUGUGAGCUUGGCUGAGCUGCUUUACAGAGUAAGGCGGUUUGACUUGCUCAAGAGGGUCUUGAAGAUGGACAGACCGACAGUGGAGGCCCUCCUGCGCAGGCACCCACAUCUUAUUUCGGACUAUAGGGUGCUGAUGAUGGAGAUUGGUGAGGGUUUGGAUACAUCUGAUGUAUCCUCGUUAAUAUUCCUCAUGAGAGAUUAUAUGGGCCGAGGCAAGAUAGCCAAGGAUAAGAGUUUCUUGGAUCUUGUGAUUGAAUUGGAGAAACUAAACCUGGUUGCUCCAGAUCACUUGGAUUUAUUAGAAAAAUGCCUAAGGAGCAUCCACAGACUAGACCUGAAGACAAAAAUCCAGAAAUACAAGCAGUCUGCUCAAGGAACAGAAACAAAUUAUGUAAAUGGUCUCCAGGCAUCUCUGCCAAACUUGAGUAUUAAGGAUCCUUCAUAUAACCUAAGGCUCCAGAAUGGGAGGAGUAAAGAACAAAGACUCAUGAUGGAACAACCUGAGAUUCAAAGAGAACAAGUGAAGACAUCCAUUCAGGAAUCAGAAGCAUUUUUACCUCAGCACAUACUGGAAGAGAGAUACAAGAUGCAGAGCAAGCCCCUGGGAAUCUGCCUGAUAAUUGAUUGCAUUGGCAAUGACUCAGAAGUUCUUCAGGAAACCUUCACUUCCCUGGGCUAUGAAGUCAGGCGUUUCUUACAUCUCACUGUGAAAAAUAUAAUGCGUGUUCUUUACCAAAUUGCGCAUAUGCCCCAACACCAAGACUACGACAGCUUCGUGUGUGUCCUGGUGAGCCGUGGGGGCUCCCAGAGCGUGUUUGGCGUGGAUGAGACGCGCUCAGGGGUCCCUUUGGAUCAUAUCAGAAGGAUGUUCAUGGCAGAUGUAUGCCCCUCUCUCUUAGGGAAGCCAAAGCUCUUUUUUAUUCAGAACUACGUGACGUCAGAGGGCCAGCUGGAGGAUAGCAGUUUUCUGGAGGUGGAUGGGCCAUCAGUGAAAAGUGCAGAAUCCAAGGUCAGGCAGCCUGGGGCUGGAUCGAUUCACCGAGAAGCCGACUUCUUCUGGAGCGUGUGCAAAGCGGAUGUGUGCCUGCUGGAGCAGUCCUUCCCCUCACAGUCAUUGUACCUGCAGUGCCUCUCCCAGAAACUGGGGAAAGAAAGAAAACACUCGCUCCUGGAACUCCACACUGAACUCAACAGCAAGGUGUAUGAUUGGAACAGCAGAGUGUCUGCUAAGGAGAGGUACUAUGUCUGGCUGCAGCACACUCUGAGAAAGAAACUCAUCCUCCCUUGCAAAUGUAAAGCUGAAGGCCUCUCUUAGCUUUGUAGUCGCCACCUCUAGUUCGAGAGACAAACAUUUAUUUCUCACAGUUCUGGAGACUGAGAAGUCCAAGAUCAAGGUGCUCGCAGAUCGAGUGUCAGGUGAGAACCUGCUUCUCAGUCAGCAAGUGACCCUCCUCUUAUCUCUUCACAUGGCAAAGAGAACAGAGAGAAAGCAGGCUGUGUCUCUUCUUAUAAGGGCACUGAUCUUAUUCGUAAGGGCUGCACUCUCAUGGCCUAAUCACCUCCCAAGGGUCCCACCAUCUAUACUAUCACAUUGGGAGACAGGAUUUCAACCUAUGAAUUUGGAGAUGGACACAAGCAUUCAAUUUAAAACAGUGGCUUUCUGAUCAAGGUUGUUUGUCUUUCCAGGUCUCACAUGGCAUUCUGCAAUUAUCAGUAUGCUUUUCCCCAUUGGAUGUGAAACCAUGACCUGAAAGAACAUUAAUGUUUAAAAUAUUACUUUAAGGGACUUCUCUGGUGGUCCAGUGGUUAAGACCCCUGCGCUUCCACUGCACGGGCACGGGUGCAUUCGUGGCUCGCUGCUCAGCCUAAAACAUUUUUAAAUGAGGGAAUAAGAAAGCUUGUUAACAGAUGGACAAAGUGUAUUGAAAAACAAGGAGAUUAUAUUUGUCUUUUCUAAAAGUUAAUUAAAUUCUACAGCCAGAGUGGAGAUAAUUUUUGAUUCACCCUCAUAUUGCAGAGGGAAACUGAGAGGGAUGUUACUGCCUUGGUAGCUUUUGCAUCCUUUUCUGUCCCAUCCUGACUGAGUGGGAAGCAUUUUCCAUAUUCUGUUUCUUAUCAUGGACUGGAAUGGCACCUUUUUUUUUUUUUUUUUUGUUUGAGCCUUUGGCAUGAUAUAUGUUACCACCCUUCUUGAAAAACGUCAUGUACAAGGGUGCGUCAAAAAUUAUCCACACUCUGGUUGUAGAAUUUAUAGAAGUUUUAAUACAACCAGAGUGCAGAUAAUUUUUGACUCACCCUCAUAUAUUCUUUGAUUUGCAAAAAACUGAAAACAGAGGCAUAAUAUUUAUUUAUAUUAUUUUUUAGUUUUAUAUAUUUUUAUAUAUCAUUAAGAUAACUUAUCUUUGCACUGAAUAUAAAAAUAAAGCGGACCUUGAAGAGGUAUGCUAAGUGAAAUAAAAGCCAAAUAUCAAAUAUUACAUACUCUCAUUUAUAUGUGGAAUCCACAGAACAAAAGCAUAAACAAAACAAGCCAAACUCCUAGAAAAAGAGAUCAGGCUGUCAUUACCAGAGGUGGGGGAAGGGAAUAAUUAGAGGAAGGUGAUCAAAAGGCACAAACUUCCAAAAACAAACAAACAAACAAAAACCCUCCAAAAACAUGCUCUAAGCAUGGUAAGCACCUACAGUGCAUUGUCCAACAUUAGGUUGAAAUAUCAGAUUCUUGAUGCAGGCCCUCAUUUCUCCUGCACCUAAGCUGUGUUUCGCAAAAACUGAACACGAUGGAUGUGAGCUUUUUAGUUAGAGGGUUCAGGAGCAGCUACAGUCUGUAAUCCUAGGAGCUAUGACUUAUGGGAUUGAUAGGGGAUAUGGUAGAGGUAAACCAGAGAUGGAAGAAAGGCUUUAAAAAUGAGAUAAGAGAGAACAAAAGACAGUCAGCUAUGUGAUAUAAAAUAAUAAGAACUACAAGACGGGUGUGAUGGAUGGAGUGCAGGCAGGUUUAAUGGAUAAGGGAAGUUGACAGUGAAGAAUGCGAGUUUACGACAUGGCAUACUGUGACAUAAGGUUUUCAGUAAAUAAUAUAAUGACACCUCACAGCUAUACUCUCGUGAAAAUUCACAUCAAUGAUGUUCAUUCCAAUAAUCAAAAAUAAAUGAAAAAUUUACAAAAAAAAAAGGGGGGACAAACUUCCAGUAGUGAGAUAAAUAAGUACUAGGAGUGUAAUGUACAGUGUGAAGACUACAGUUAGCACUGCUGUAUGAUAUACACGGAAUUUGUUAAGAGAGUAAAUCCUCAGGGGUAGCAUUACAAGGAGAAAAAAUUUUUCCUUUUUUCUUUUUUUUCCCUUUCUUUUUAUUGUAUACAUGCAAGACAAUGAAUGUUAGCUGACCCUAUUGUGGUAAUCAUUUCACAACAUAUGUAACCAUCAUGGUGUACACCUUAGACUCAUACAGUGAUGUAUGUCAAUUAUUGCUCAGUAAAGUGGGAGAAAAAAGAUUUGAAAAACACAAUCGUAUCAUUCAAAAUGUUUCAGAUGCAAGUAACAGAAGACCUAACUUUAAACAAGAAGUUUUUAAAAAAUGUGUUUAUUCUUAUUAAGCAACAGGUCCAGAGGUAGGGGAGUAGUUACAGACUUGGUGAAUUCAUUGGCUCAACAAUGUCAUCAAGGGUUUGAUGCUUUCCACCUUUCCUCUCUUUAGUCUCAGUGUUUGGGCUCUUAUUUUCAAAUUUGUCACCUAAAGGUCACAAGAGGGCCACAAGUCCAAGUACCCAAACACAGAAGAGAAAGCAUCUCUUCCUUGUGUGGCUUCUUAAGAUCAAAGGAAAAAUUUCCCAGAAGCUCUCCUUCCCAAGAGUUCCCUUCCCUCACUUCUCAUUGGCUAGAAUCACAUGACAUGUUCCUCCUUAAACCAAUCAUGGGCAGAGGGAAUGGGAUUACCAUGGUUGGUUUAUACCAGCCUAGACGCAGCCCCCUGGGACUAGGGUUCAGCAGGUUCAGCUUCUCUUGGGCACAUCAUCUCCAAAAGCGGGGGUUCUUUUAGGGUAAAGUGGGGCAUGGAGCUUCCCUGGGGAGUAGUUAACCAUAAUGUAUGCCAAAAAGAAUGAGAACAUCCAUUUUAUGACUGAAGAAACUGAGGCACACAGCUUUUAAGUGAGUUGUUCCCAAAUCUCAGAGAAAAUCAUUGGUGGUGCCAGGUCUAGAAUGUUAACAGCCAGACUUAUAAUCUGGUGUCCUUCAGAAAUUAGAGCUGGGCUUCCUAGGUGGCGCAGUGGUUAAGAAUCCACCUGCCAAUGCAGGGGACACAGGUUCGAUCCCUGCUCCAGGAAGAUCCCACAUGCCACGGAGCAACUAAGCCCGUGUGCCAAAAAAAAGAAAUUAGAGCAAGCAUUGGAAAUAUGUAGCAUGCAUUCCAGGGAAGGCAUCAUACUCCUCUCUUAGCUGUCAGUAAGAGUCAUUACCCUAACUUUCCAGCCCUUCAUUCUUCCUGCAGAGAGGCAGCAUGGCCACAUAGCUUUCCGUAUCCCAUCUGAUGGGCACGGUGAAAAUACAGAGCUUGUAAAAUCACCAUCUUUUCUUUCCUUCCGUUCCUUUCUCUUCUCUUUUAAAAAACAAUUAUUUAUUGGGACUUCCCUGGCUGUCCAGUGGUUAAGACUCCACCCUUCCACUGCAGGGGGUGUGGGUUCAAUCCCUGGUCCCUGGUCAGGGAACUAGAUGACACAUGCUGUGCCGCCAAAAAAAACAAAAAACACACAAAAACCCCCAAAAUCCAAACAAAAAGACCAAAAUCCAAACAAAAACCAAAUCCAAGCAAAACAACCAAAAAACCCACCAAAACCCAAAAACAAAAAUCAUUUAUUAACUUAUAUCGUGUUGUCUGUUUAUUUUUGUCACUUUUCUGUCUUUGGAUUACAUUGUUUUUAUUAAUACCAUUCAUCAAUUAGUCUGCAGGUUCUAAGGAAAGGAGUGCUAAGGGUCUGCUCUCGUGUUUUGCUCUCUGGCAAGAGGCAUGGGGUGGAGUAAAGAGGGACUUUGAUACCAAGAGCAGGCCAACAAGAUGGGAGGAAUAAGGCCUUGCCUUCCCUUGCCUAUUUCACAGAAUUGUUCUGAGGAUGAAAUGAGAGAGCCUUUAUGGUCAUAGCCAAUGAGAGCGUUUUUAUGACUGUACUGGUGAUGCCAUGUGAACAUAACUGUUAUCAUGAUAGCACACUGUGGAGGAGUUAUUUUGAAAAGGUUGAAUCAAACCUUGAAAAUUGGUAGGAUUUUGGCAGGUUGAGGUGGAGAAGAGACUAUGUUGCAGGAAAAGAAACCAAAUCAAAUGAAGGGGCAGAGAACGGAAAUGCCAGGCAUGUUUUAAAAACCGUGAGAGUAACUUUUAGUUGGAGUGGAGACAAUGAGAGCAAUGGUGAGUGAUAAGGCAGAAGGUGCCUGUGGUUGGUGUGUGAAGAGCUGUAAAGACCCCCGCCUCUGUCUUUCAGUCAGCUCUCGUGUAAGUUAUUUUGUGAGUUAUUUUUCUCACUUUAACAGUGGAGUCUACAACUACUUCUUUGACACGUCUGUGUAUAUGAGCAUUUGAUUGCUAAAUGCCUUAUUCUUUUUCAUUGAGUAUAGCUUUUAAAUGAAAUCUCUAAGGCAUGCUACAAGAGAAAUGUAAUAGGUAACAAUAUAAUGAAUACUCAUGUACCCACAACCCAGCUUAAAUGACAUGUUCUAAACUCUAUAUGAAGACUCUGAAGAUAUUACUUUAAGUAAUAGCCCUAAAUAGAAAAGAGAGAAAUAUAUUAAAAUAUUUUAAACUUUAUAAUAGUUCCCAACUGAAAAUUCAUCAAGUGUUCCGUAGGUAGGCAUGGUUAUGAUGAGAUGUCCCCUGGCUGGAGUUUUUUGUAACUGUUAAACUUACGUAUACAAAUAGUAAAGGCUUACAUAAGCUGCUCUUAGCUCAUCACAUGAAUUCUCUCAUUUAAUCCUCAAAACAGCUCUAUGAGGUAGGUAUUACUGUCCUCAUUAUUAUUUCUUCCCAAUUUAUAGACUGAGGAAAGUGAGCAAAGUGGUGCUAAGCUGCUUAUCCGUGGUCACCCCAGUCUAGGAUAUAAACUCAAGCCAUAAACAGAGCCUUUAUUUUUAAAUUAAGUAAACAUAAAGCAAAAACAAGACUUCCCUGGUGGUCCAGUGGUUAAGGCUCCGUGCUUACAGUGCAGGGGGUGUGGGUUCGAUCCCUGCUUAAGGAAGAUCCCACAUGUGUGGUGUGGCAAAAAAAAAAAAAAAGGCAAAAACAAACAAAAAAUGUCUCACAGGAAAACAAAAGGCCAGAAAGAAAUAUUCCAAAAGAGAGUUAUGGAUGACUGAACUAUGGCUGAUAUGUUUAGUUUCUGUUUCCAAAUCCUCACCUCUAUGUAUUUGAGAAUACUGGUUUCUAAGGUAAAGUGCAGGUAAUUCUUUCAACUUUUUUUUUUAAUAUUUAUUUUUUUGGCUGCUCUGGUCUUAGUUACAGCAUGUGUAUUUUUAACUGCAGCAUGCAGGCUCUUAGUUGCAGCAUGUGGGCUCUCAGUUUCAGCAUGCAUGCGGGAUCUAGUUCCUCAACCAGGGAUUGAACCUGGGCCCCCUGUGUUGGGAGCACAAAGUCUCAACCACUGGACAGCCAGGGAAGUCCCUCUUUCAACUUUUGACUAGUUGGUUCUUCAGUGCUAAAGAAACUACUCUUCCCUAUAGUUCUGUCUUCACUUCUCUGUCUCAUCUCUAGCCCUUCUUUUCAGUGACAGGAGCCCUGGUCUCAGGGCUGCUUUUCUGGGCCACUGGUUAGGAGGACUGACUUGUCAACCCCCGUUCCAUUCCAGUCCCCAACCCCUGCCAUCCUCUUCCAUGAAUAGGCCAUGGUAGGGGUCACUUGACACCUUCUGUCUGCAGUGUUUGAAAUGGGAAUCUCUUCUCCCAGAUUCUAGGAGCACGUUUUCAGGACUAAGAAUGUUACUUACGCCGCCAAGAGGUCACAGUUUGAGGUCAGCUUUGUCAAUUUGUCUGUGUGGCAGACCCUGCUCACUGUCCCAAAUAUCCAUUUUUUUUCCCCUAGUAACAGAAGUCUUAAUUUGCAGCUGGGCACAAAGCCUCACAGAAUACAGUCUAGUUGUUCAAGCCUCAACUUGUAGCAAGAUGUGGUCAUGUGUCUAGUCCUGGAAAAUAAGAUGCAAGCAGCAGUACCAUUUGGCAGCUGCUGAUAACUUUUCUUAAAAGGUAGCUAUUUUUUGCCCUUCUCUCCUUUGUCCCUUUCUCUGUUUUAGUGACUAGACUGCAUAUGUGAUGGCUGGAGCUCUAGCUGCCAUCUUGAAUUGUAAGGAUAAGAGCCACACGGUAGGGAUGACUGAGUGGUGAACAGGAAGGAGCCUUGUUGGGUGAGGACACUGAGGAGACGAGUCACCAUACCAGCCCUAGAUUACCUACCUCUGGAUGUUUAUGUGACAGCAAAAAAUGUGGGCUAUGUAUUUCUUUUAACCUAACCUAGUCUGACUGGUAUAUUGUUAUUUGAUUAAAAUGUUUUUUUAUGUUCAUGCUUGUUUUUUUAUGUCUGACUGGUAUAUUGCUAUUUGAUUAAAAUGUUUUUUUAUGUUCAUGCAUGUUUUAUUAUGUUCAGGCAUGUUAUAAGUUUAAAACACAUAUUUGUCCAUGUGAUCAUUUUAAAUUAUUGUUUAAAAAUGUAUGUACGUGUUGUUAAAAAUAUAAUGUUAAAAUCUGGGCUGACCUUUUUGAUAUGUAUGAUGCUCUCAUUACUUCCUUUUAUUUUUUUAUGGUUUCUGUUGAAGAGAUGGAGAUACUUUAUUAAGACAUUAGAAGGAUUUGGACAGUAUCCUCAUAAGAAGUGUAAUCCACAAGGAAAAUUUCUAAUUGAAUCAUCAAAAUAGACCAGCUUUUGGACCUGGUGUAGAGUGAAUAAGAGUUUGAAAGAUACACACACAAAACUGAGUAUAAAGAAGAAUGGUUAAGAAUCCGCCUGCCAAUGCAGGGGACACGGGUUCGAUCCCCGCUCCAGGAAGAUCCCACAUGCCCUGGAGCAACUAAACCCGUGCGCCACAACUAUCGAACCUGCACUUUAGAGCCCGUGAGCCACAACUAUUGAGCCCAUGUGCCACAACUACUGAAGCCCACGCUCCUAGAGCCCGUGCUCCGCAACAAGAGAAGCCACGGCAAUGUGGAGCCUGCGCACCACAACGAAGAGUAGCCCCCACUCACUGCAACUAAAGAAAGCCAGCAAAAAAGACCCAACACAGCCAAUAAAAUAAAAUAAGAAAUAAAUAAAUUAAUUAAAAAAAAAAGAAAAAUAAAAUAGCAACUCUGCACAUAUGUUUAAGAUCACCAAAGAUAAUGACUCUAAAGGACCCACUGCUUGUAAAUCCACAGUAUCUUGUUUCCCAGCCAGACCCUUCCUUGCCUAUAGCAGCACCAGAGAUGGAAAUGUAGGACUCAAUCAAGGCCAUUAAAUGAAAUGACUGAUUUUUCAAGAACAUUCCUUCUCCUCUAUUCCAAGAAACACUUCUUCUGCUUCUCCUUCUUGUGCCAUCUCAAAGCUGCAAGGCCCAGGGGUCCAAGUUUUUCCACUUAGGUCUAUCGCGCACUUACUAAGCAAAUAUUCAAAAAGUACAAAUUCUUUUCAAUAAAUCCCUCUGCAAUAUCAGCUGCUAUAUGCUAAGUACUGUAGACUAAUCCAACUCCCCAUGAGAUCCGUGGAAGGUCACCUAAAAUGUAGAUUACAUAGUGGCUGUAUCAAUUUACAUUCCCACCAACAGUGUUAGAGGGUUCCCUUUUCUCCACACCCUCUCCAGCAUUUAUUGUUUCUAGAUUUUUUGACAAUGGCCAUUCUGACCGGUGUGAGGUGAUACCUCAUUGUGGUUUUGAUUUGCAUUUCUCCAAUGAUUAGUGACGUUGAGCAUCUUUUCAUGUGUUUGUUGGCCAUGUAUGCCUUCCUUGGAGAAAUGUCUAUUUAGGUCUUCUGCCCAUUUUUGGAUUGAGGGUUUGUUUUUUAGAUAUUGAACUGCCUGAGCUGCUUGUGUAUCUUAGAGAUUAAUCCUUUGUCAGUUGCUUCACUUGUAGUGAGAGAGUAGCGUUGACAUAAACACACUACCAAAUGUAAAAUAGAUAACUAGUGGGAAGAGCACAGGGAGAUUAGCUUGAUGCUUUGUGAAGA